AUGGCACCCAACAUUGACACCACCGCCCUCUCCAAAUCACCCGAGCUCUCAGAUGUUCUCACUCAGCAGGCUCAAGCAGGAGGCUACGACUGUCUUCCGUGUCGGCUGAUGGGCAGCGCUGUGUUCACAGGCAUGGGCAUAUACUCGUGGGCCUCCGGGACAAGCCAGCUCCGCAAGCGCGAACUUGAGAUUCUCCGGUCCAAGUCUUUCUAUACGUUAGGCAUGCGCAAGGCAUCGAUCUGGGUACUUUCGGGGAGCUUGGUAUCGCUCGGAAUAUACAGAUUAUACAACUGA